AUGAGAGGAGCCACAAAGGGGGUGUGCCAAGGACGAGAAGAAGGAGAAGCUUUCAUGGACAUGGAGCGUAUGCCGGAAAGGCGGUCUUCUGGUUGGAAGGCGUGACAGCUUGGUGUGCCUAUUCAUCAUCAAACAUGUGGCCACAGUGGGGAAAGAAAAAUUGCUGGGCAUACAGUGGAUAGGUUUAGUCAAGAAACAAACAAGGUGUUUCAGUUUCAUGGCUGUCAUCAGCAUGGGUGUCCAAGGUGUUCUCCUGCCCCGAAACAGCAAAAGGAAGUGGUUGCUUUCGAAAAAAUAAAGAAAGGCCAUAGAAAGCUGACAAGAGAGAUGCAGUUUGCACGAACGUUGCAAAGAAGACAAGUGAUCCUAGACAAGGGUUUCAGAAAACGGAAACUUUCUGACAUGCCUUCGUGCUUGAUUCAAGACUGUGCAGGACAUUAGCAAACACAGGCAGUUGACAAAGAACCUGUUGUUUGAAAACAAGCACGUACCAGUGUCCGUCUCGUUGGCAGACACUUUGGAUAGAGAGCCAGAGCACAUCAGCAGCAAAGAUCCCAAAGAACUGAUCCAGAGAUUCUGGGAGGUGCUAGAACGAAAGGCCUUGACCAUCCGAGAAGAAAUGCGGCGAUACAUCCCAGAAGAUUUCAAAUUUCCUUUGGAUCAGCAACAAAAAUGCAUCAGCCAUUGGUGUUUUCAAAUACCAGUUCUGGGUUUCAACUCUGGCCAUUAUGAUUUGAAUCUGAUCAAAAAGCAUUUUGUGACCCAAGUCACACAAGACAGUGAUGUCAAAGUGGCCAACAAAUUGAAAAAUGUACAGCAUCAAGCUGUCCAAAUCGUGCUGCCCCUAUUGUAUGAGGACUUGUAA